AUGAGUGACUUUGUGUUCAUUACUGUGUGUAACAAAUACAACAAAUCCUACAGCCUUGAUGUAUUUUCAGGGCAAUGCAACUCACCCCUGGGGCUUGAAGACAAAUCCAUUCCCGACACUGACUUAACAGCAUCUUCAGUAUAUGAUAUUUACCAUGGGCCUGAGCGCGCCCGGCUCAACACUGUACCGAGUGGAUCUUACAAAGGAGCAUGGUCCCCCCGUUACGCAUAUCGAGGAGAAUGGAUACAGGUCCAUAAACUCGAAAUCUAUUGCAGCUUUUCAGUUACAUUUCAUCAUAUCAAAUUGUCUAAAGCUCAUUUUAAAAAUCCUUGGGAAGGCAAUUCUUAUGGAUAUUUAGACCCUAGUUUCAGCAAAUUCUGAGUUACAUUUACACUGCAACUAACCAUUUAUACCUUGAAUUGCACUUGAGAUCUACAAAAUUAGAUAUAGCAUCUAUAAGAGGUCAGCUACAUCUGUUAUUGCAAUGUCGACAACGGAAAAAACAGAUAAGAAUUAGCCUUUUAACCGAAGGCGAGUGGAAACUUUUUUAUUCACUCCUCUGUAAAUUUUUUGUGUUCGUCUACAUUAGUGUCGAGCUCGAGAAGACCUCUAAUUAGAAGCCUUUUUUAAAUUGUUUUGUCCUGUCUCUGCAUGGAGAAGGCUUUCUCGAGGCUUCCUGCGAUCUAGGAAAAAGUUUACUCUAAUCAGUUCUACCACUGAUAACUUUUGAUGAUCCUUGGUAAACUGGGAACAACCUUUUUCUAAAGGUUGCUCAAUAAGUCGUAACGUUGUGCCAUCUCCCAAUUGAAGAGUCAUUUUUCUAUGUGCAUAAGGUGUCUUAACUUUAACCCUCAAAUAGUACUUAAGAUAGGCAAUUCUCAUUACAAUAUAACGCAAUAACACCAACAGAUAAACUUGAGAACAAUCACGAAGAUCACCUCAAUUGCAACACAAGGGAGGGACUGGUUUUAUCAUCAAUGGGUUACUUCAUACAGGAUAUGUUAUAGUCAAAAACUGAACGGAUUUUGCGAACCUCUAUAUCAGGUAGUAUGAUUGAAGGGCUAUAAAAACUUCUUGUCCAACGCGACCCCAGGAUCUUUCUUUUAUUAAGCCGCACGGCUAAGUUUAAAGCAGGGUAAUUUAGUAUUACCGACUGGGUCGAUAAGGUAAAUUGGCCACCUUGAAGAGUUCCAAAGCUGACGUUUCGAGCGUUAGUCCUUCUUCAUCGCUCUGAUCAAGGGCUAAUGCUCGAAACAUUAACUUUGAAACUCUUCACGGUGGCCAAUUUACGUUAUCCACUGUGUUGAUAAUACUUAAUUACCCUGUUAUGCUCUUCCGCCGACGCAGCGCUAGCAUCACAGUUUGCUUAGAAACUUACCCUUUUUAUUUACGAGUUUAAAGCAGAUAUUAUGCCUUUCCUUCAUCUUGUUCUGCUCAAGGUUAUAGGCUCAUAGUGUGCUCGCGUAGCUAACGUUGUGAAUCUUUUGCAAUCAGCACUAAUAAUUAACAAUACGGUAAUAAUUAUAAGGACUUAUGAGGCAACUUCCGGCUCUAUUCUGAGUGUUCAAUGUGUUUUCAGAAGCCUUUAUUUCGCAGUUUUAUCUAUGUAAGUUACUGUUAUUUUAAUUUUAGGACUUUGCUGGAAACAACGAUAAACACUCUUUGGUUACGCAUCAGUUUAUUAAGCCUCUCUACGCUCGUUUGGUGAGGAUCAUCGCUUUAGCGUGGUACGGCUUCCCCUCUAUGAGACUCGAGCUUUAUGGCUGUAGGGAAGGUGAUUUAAAGGUUUAUUAUUUCCUAGCUAUUUUGGAUGGAAGUAUUGCUCCUUAUACUUGAACGAGAUGUUAAUUCAUUGAAGGGUUACUCCACCCUUUUCAAAAUUUCCCGGUUUUCAUUUAACAUCCUGCCCGAAAAGAGGCACUGUGAAGUAGUGUCUUGCCCUAGGACAAGCAUUGACACUGCUGGGGCUCAAGCCCAGACCUCUGGAUUUAAAAAUCCAGCGCGCCGACUACUGGUCUUAAGUUUCCCCCAUCUGACUGAAGAACCGUACCUGUUUGUUUAAAACGCUUAACUUAAAAAAAUAUAAAAACAUGAAGCUGACAGGCUUAAAAACCUCAAAACAAACUCUCAAGUGGUUGUAGAUGUGAGCAAUUGGAAAGUGAGAGGGGAUUUGGACCAAAGCUUGUGUAUGAAGCAAAAUUUAACAAGUUUGGCGUUUUGAAGACUUAAAAUUUUUAUGACGAAAUUUCAGGAGACACUAUCAAAGAUCCUUAAGACAUUACUUUUCUUAUAAGAUGCUAUAUACAUUUUAGUCAAUUGCAAGUUUGAGCUCUUCACCGUGAAAAAGCAAAUGCAAAAGAGGAAAUUGUGUAUUCUGAGACGAAGAAUGAUAAAGUUUAAUCGCUCACUUGUAUUGCAUAAGAACCACAUGCACAAACUUCUUCUGAGGCUCCUUAGAUGAACAGCAGAUCGAAAGUAACAAGACAUGAACUCUGGCGUCUGACAUAAACGCCCACCCAAAAGAGAGUUGCCGGCUCCAAAUACCGGUGUUUGCUGACACAGUUCUUACCAUUAUUUUCUUUUAUUUAUUUUGUUUCGUGAAUAGGUUUUGUUCCCCUCCCAAGCCCUGUUUGCAUGGAAAGUCUCGGAAUGGAAACCAGAAAAAUUCCAGACUCCGAUAUUAUAGCUUCCACAGAGUUUAGUGUCAAUCACGCGGCACAUUUAGCAAGGUUUGUAACGUUUUAUUGUAUCAAAUGUAUUGCGAUUUAGCAAUUUUCUCAAUCCAUUGAUGUUAGUAGGACCAGCAGAGUUAGUUAUAACUAUUCCCUUACCUAAAAACCGGGUAGUGAAUAAUCCAAGACUGGGUUGGUUACCUUAAACCUGGGCAAGUCAUCUGCAGUUUAUAUCAGAUCAUCUCCUAUUUAUGAUAUCUUGGGAAAAUCUAAGAUAUCCAGGAAUUCGCCCAGGUGGACUGCACAUAUCCUCCCCCUUCCCCUCGACCCCUUCCCUGGUGCAUCCUCGUUCCAGUCCAAAGCAUCUAAACUAUAUGUGAGGUAGUCCUUAAAGAAAAAACACAGGCCUUUAGACUUAAAAGAAAGAGAAAAAGUUAGGAGAUCCCGCCGGAAUAAGUAAGGUAAGGGGAAGAGGGGGGGGGAGGUAAAAUUCUGUAUCCGAGCUUAACCUUUCCUCAAUCUCACAGAUUGGAACUGCGCCCUCAGUCUGCUAAGAACGGAGGUUGGGUGUCGAGAAUCAACAAUCAGCUUCAAUGGUUACAAGUAAAAUUUGGUCGGAAAGUUGAGAUCAGACGUAUAGCUACCCAAGGAAGACAUAUAUAUGAUCAGUGGGUAAAAAGCUACAGCCUGAGAUUCAGCAUGGAUGGUUUGCUAUUCAUUCAGUAUCAAACGAAUAAAAAUCAAACGGUUAGAUUCUUUAACAUAUAUGUACAUGAUUUAUGAUACCCACUGUUUGUUACUUCAUGUUUUACUAUUUCAUUUUUGCUUUCUAUGAAUACUUGUUACUAUAAUAAACCUAACUGGGCCAAUACAUUACUUUCUGUUGACCUUUAGAGCAUGGAAGGCGCCACCAGUAGUUUCUUUCUCUGGCAGAAUUGCAUGCCACAAGUCUCCAUGCGAAUGAAGAAUUUACGGAGUGGCAAGGCAUGCUGCACGUGUUCAUCGAGUGCAAAGAGUGUCGCCAAAAAACAUUGUUUUGCCUUGGGAAAACGACAAUGAUCAAGGAUAUUGUUCCUUGAUUGUAUGUAAACACUGUUUUUUAAUUUUUGGCUCCUAAUUAAGUCACCUUCAGUAACAUUUGUAUCACGCAUAUCCAACAGGUUUUUGAUGGCAAUUCAGACAGAUACACCGUUGAAAGUCACGUGCUAAACCCACCAAUUUCAGCUCGUUACAUCCGUGUUCAUCCGAUUACAUGGUAUAGCCGCAUUGCAAUGAGGGUGGACUUCUACGGUUGCAUUUCAGGUAAGGAAAGGUUUUGCCUUACGUCAUUCUCUGUUGGUACCUUGACAACUUAAGGAUCCUUCCAUCCUAUCUCAGUUUGCAAUUACAUGUUCUCAAAAGGUCAUCAUUUGCUGUUGGCUUCUUUCCCGCAAGGAAUUAAUCCAACAGUUAGAUCAGUUACCAGGUGAAACUCACAACUGACGUAGAACACAGAAGUUUAUGCGAAGGUUAUUACUUGCAUCAUGAAAAAGACGCGGAUUUGAUAUCUAGUUAUCAUAAUGUUUAUUUGUUAUUAUAUGCAUCUUAGUAACUUUGUCUCGAAGUGAGUGAGUUGUGAACCUGUAUGAAAAGAUAUUCUUCUGUUAGAAUGCUCAUGACAUGACUAAGUUUGGAGAAGGACUUGGACUGUGUCUGUUCACUGGGCAUUCUAUCGAAUACAAAGUUGUUGGAUUCAGGAAAGAAACAACUGCUUUUGGCAAGGCUAUCUAUAUUACAUUUUCUUAUUUGUAGCCCUUUCUAGUUAUAUUGAUGUAGCCUCUCGGAAAGAACAUCUCAAUGGCCAUUUUCAGACUGCAGAUAGUGUAACGAUCUAAUUACAGAACAUGAACAUGAAAGUUUAGUUAAAUUUAGUCUCUCUCUCCAUUUGUUUUGACAGUUUUUGUGUCUUUUUCCUAGAUCCUCCAAUUCCAAUUGCUGUAUACCCUUUGAAUGGCGAGUUUGGCACCAGAGAUUUAGGUCCCCAUCAAAAUUCACCAGGCAUUCCGUAUAAUAUACAACUCGCUCCAGGUCCCUUUGGGCAGCCAAGUGGCUCUGUCCGGUUCUCUGGUACUCCCUUUAGCUACAUCGAGUUCCCCAACAACGGAGGACUGGACACAAGGUUUUCCUUGACAAUCUUACUGUGGGUGUUUCCAGAAAAUGUCGACGGUCCCAUGAUCACUUACGGAACUAAAUAUUCUAGUGUUCACUUUUGGAUUGAUAAUGGUAAAACUUGGGCCAGAUUAAUGGAAAGACCCGGAGGAGUUUCUGGAGUGAUACUACGAAAUUCUUUGAACCAUCAUUCGUGGAAUUUUAUUGGAUUUUCUUAUGACUAUGUGACAGGCGUUCAGAGAGUUUGGAACGACGGAAAAGUUUGUGAUGCUGCAAACGUUGGUCAAUUUGAGCUAAAAACUCAAAAUGUCAUUAGAAUGGGAGUGAAAGAUGGAGAUCCAAGAUUUCUUAAAGGGAGAAUAUCUUGCUUUCAAGUGUAUGACAAGGCUUUGACUGAGAGAGAAGUACAAGCUGUUAGAGGACUCUGCUUUAGAAAAGGUUGGUGAUCCUUGUAGAAACUGUAAAUUUAUAUAAAAAGAUUAAAUGGUAUUUACCAGAUGCAGGAAAUCCCACCUAGACCUAAAAGCCUAUCAUACCAAUGUGACAAGGAUUAUUUGCUCUUUGCUAUUAAAAGUAAGUGCCCUUAACUUGAGAUGUUCCUGAAUUUCAUUAUAUAUAUGGUUUUUGCGGGUAAUUUUGGAGAUUCAGUGAUGUUUGCAUCGCAGGAUGAUUUCAAAAUUUAUUCUAGUGGGUAAGUCCUUCUAACUUAAUCCUUAAUUUUCAAUAUAAAUAAUACUUAUGCAUCGCCAAAUAUAUGGAUUUGAAAAAUUAAUUACAUACCUUUUCUUCUACGGCUUAUCUUCGUGAACAAAUGUACUCAAAUGCAUUAGUGCGUUAUGGAAUCUUUUUUUUAUCUAUCAGUUCCAUCGAAUCCAGUGGCCUUUUUCCCGUUGAAUGGACAAUACGAGACAACAGACGCCAGUCACAGCCACAACCCUCCAGGGGAGGCGUCGAAUGUUGAAUUAGUCUCAGGGCCUGACGGUAACAUGGGAGGUUCGUAUCAGUUCUGGGGGAACUUAACCAGCUUCAUACAAUUCCCAAACUUUGGAGGACUAGACACGAGCUACUCGAUGACGCUUUUGGCUUGGAUCUAUCACGAACAGAGAAAAGGUCCGAUCUUAAACUACUUUUCACUUGGUUAUUAUGGAGUUCGAUUUAUGGUCAGUGAGCAGGGCUAUUUUUUUGUUGAGUUACGCUCAUCAGGGAACACAACGCUGAAAACUCUUGAGGGAUCAGUCCUUCAAAGUAAAACGUGGCAUUUCGUUGGGUCAUCUUACAAUUAUGUUAGCGGAGAGUUCACAAUUUGGCUCAAUGGAAGCGUCGAUAACAGAACUAUUGUUGACACACCUGUCGAGUUGGCAACCCAAGAGAGUGCCUUUAUGGACGCAACAUCAAAUUCCCAGUUUAAGGGAAGAAUUUCAUGUCUUCAGCUUUAUGACAGAGUUUUAAGUGUGCUUGAGAUUGAAGAUGCAAAGCAAUUGUGUUCUACAACAGGUGGGAAAUCGUUCGAUAUCUAUUACACUCAUGUGGUCUUUCAACCUCCUCUUACAUUUUGAUAUCUGCCUAAAGUUUCGUGUUGCUUACGAAAUUUUCCUUUUUUUUUCGGAAAGAUAAUUUUUUGCUUUGCUUGGGACAUGUAUGAGGUAUGAAGAUAUUCAUACCUUGCUUUUUUUUCUCGUUUAGUAAGUUUUACUCUCUUUUAUGCCUUAGGACGGUCAAAUCGUAAUCAAACUGUCUACGUGGGAGAAGCAGUAGAGUUGAAAUGCGACGCUUUAAGCAAUAAAACGGUUCAAUGGAGCAAAGAUGGCGCUGUUCUUCAAUCAAAAACCACUGGCUAUGGAACCAGCUUACUCAUUGGCUCCGUUAAGUAUUCUGAUGAGGGGAUGUACACGUGUGAAGUAAUUAACAAAGCCGGGGCAAUAGAUGCUUCUUAUAACGUAGCAAUGAGGGUAAAAGGUCAGUAUGUACAUACUAAGCAAUUUUCACCAUAUUUGCACUUAAGCAAAAAAAGUUUCAGAUAGGAAUCAGGAAAUUUUCCAAAAUGGACGAUAGCAUGCUAGUAGACAAUGUGGCUUGUUUCUUAUUCGAACAAGAAGGAAACCCAGUGGUGUCGUUAGGGCGUAGCGCGGCGCUGGACUUCAAAUCGAACACUAACUACUGUGAUUUCAUACUGUUUUGUUUUUCAUUUGAGCAUCAGCUAACUUUUUACGUGAGACUUGUUAUUCUUGGCGAUGACAACAAUAGAACAUAGUAGGAUGCCAGGAAUUAGCUCCACUAAGUGCAGUCACACACCUCAACUUUCUUUGAGUCAGAUAAAGAAUGAUGAACGUAGCUGUCGUGAUAUUUUUGUUUCCUUAUAAUAACAUAUUUCAGAUCCGGGUUCCCUUUGCUCCGAGUUUAAAGACCAUUAUACUUCUAGCGGUAAAUGGCUGCCAUGGAGUGUUUUGCCACCUUUAAAUGACAGUCGCACAUUUUACGAGGAAAAAUGGUUGCGGGCAGACAAAGGAAUAGCUAUGGCAAGCUCAUGUAUUUCGGAAGAGACCUGUGGUGUCAGGGCUCCUGGCUGGUUGAACGGUCAACAUCCGUCGAGUGAGACUGGGAUCGUUAUUCGUCAAACCUGUUUCAAAUUUCUCAACAACUGUUGUUAUCAUUCAAUGCCUGUGCAGAUAAAGAAAUGCUCAGAAUUUUUUGUUUACAAGCUACGGAAAGUUCACCCAAUGAUAGCUGGACGAUACUGCUAUACAGAAAGUAACCGAGGUAAAACUAAAGGCUCUUCUAGUAUAAAUUCUAGGAUAAAAACCAACUAAUUGAAUUGAGUGAAAAGUUUGCUUAGGAAUCAUAUAAUCUUAAUCUCGGUCGCUUAAAAUGUUUCAAGAAAUUAUGGAACUAACCACAUAUUGCAACCACCAAGAGUAACCUACCUUUUCGAAUUUAGUCUUUGACUUUUGAAAUUCCUGCUCAACAACCUGGCUGCGUAUCUGUGACGAUAAGUUUGGACAAUAACAAUUAUUGGUGGGUGAUGGAAUAAAAACGGUUUUGUUUAAUGGAAAAGGUUUAAAUUUCUGGAGUACACUUCUUCUUCUAAUGUAGAAAGCAUUAAAUAAUUACCAACCAUUCACCACCGACACUGAGGUAAAUAGUUGUUUUGAUUAAUGACAAAAAAAUUGUUUUUACACGUUAAUUUUAUAUUUUCAUGUGCAAGUCUCGCAUUCGUUGCUCGGAGGUGAAUAGCAAAGAAUGUUUGGAGUCUGAGUAGCCAAUCAGAGCACACGUUCAACGCUAUCCAUUGUUUUACUAUGUGUUUAUACCGUUAAUUUCAGACAUGAGUUUUCAUCAACUAAUCUCGUUGUUCUCCAGAUUUUUUAGAAGAAGACGCCAUUUUAACUUCCCACAAAGCUGACUGGCUACUGAUGGGUCACGUGAUGGCAUCCGAGAUGUCUGUUGACAACUCGUUACAAUGCAUGCAGCAUUGCGCAAACUCGGCUAACGGGCAUUGUAGAUCAUUCAACUACAACAGGGUCACUGGUGAAUGUCAGCUGAACAAUGCAACAGGGCAUGCCCAAAAGUCAGCUGACCAGUUGAAGACGAAAAUAGGAUACAGCCAUUACUAUGAAGCUGAUAGACCAAGAAAUAUCAUGGUGUUCCCUUAA